CACAAAACUUGGCAAUAUCUCCAUGGGUCAUUCAAGAUCUUAUUUUAACCAAGCUGUCCCUUGAUCCCUGAAAAUUCAUUGAACAGAGCCGUAUACAGCGUACAGUUCCAAAUUGACAAAACUACCUUCGUGUAAACAAUUCACCCUUCAACCUCAAGAAAAGCACUUGUUAACAUGUCUUGUGCAAAGGACAAGAAAGUGGCAUGUGAAUAUAUGAUCACAAGAAUCCACAGCCUGCGAUCUCAACACCAAACAUACUAGUCCAAGUUCAAAACCAACCUUUUCUAGUAGCCAAGUUCUCCCAUCCCCUAUAAAUACCAUAAAAUUCUUCUUCGUUCUUCCUUAGCGAUCCCAUCAAUUAUAGCUCCAUUCUUUUGAAAAAGCAAUAUUAAUUAUUGCUGCAAGAAAAUGAAGAGUCAAGGAAAUGUUAAUGAUGGUAAAAAUACGAGACCAACUAAGGCUGAAGGUAAAACAACUGCAAUUAUAACGACAGCAGGGAUGAGUACAAAGGCGAAAAAGAAGGGCAAGAGCACUGCGGUUCAGAAGGUGGAAGAGGAGAGGGAGAAUACAGGUGGUGAAUCGACUCAGAUGGUGAUGGAGAAUUUACAAUGUUGGGAGGAUCAAUGGCCAUGGUUUAGGGGUAUUGUGGAUGAGCAAAUGUCAUGGGGGUCCAUUUGGUUGCCAUUUUGGGAUGUGGACUAUACGGGCGAGGCUUGUCGAGAAAUGUUCAGUGAUGUUGUCUGGGAUGAUGAUAUUUGGAACUUGAAGGGUAUUGACAAGAUACCAGAUGAAUAGAAAGAGAGAGGAUUGAUUAUAAUCUCUACACUGUUCGUUCAAAUUUUACAGAAGAGUACUACUGGUUAAAGCCCGAGGUUGUUGCAUUAUAAUUUUGCUGUUUCUUCCAUUCUGGCUGGGGCCUGUUUUGCAUGGUGACCAGCACCAUGCAAUCUGAUCAAUCUCUGAAUAAAUCUCCAUGUUCGUUUAAGCAAGAUAGGAAGGUCGGUUACAAAUGUAUUUUAUAUUGUUUAGGUUGUUUAACCCAGUAAGGCAGUGACACUUUAAUUACCAUUCUCCAAUAAUUUUCCCGGUAAUGUACGAUAUUGCAGCUAAUGGAUUGAAGCUGGUAUCAAAA